AUGAGAAAAUCAAAUCAUAAUGUUUUACUUAUCCUAGAUGAUGCCUCUUUAUAUAUUACUGGUGCUAAUAGUGUACUAGUUGUUUUAACUUUUUUAUCUCCUCAUAUUGAAGAUGUGAAAGAAAGCUUAUUUGUUGAUCCAGAUAAUGAAUUAGCUAUUAUGAAGCUUCAGCAAAUAAUAGAUGCAUUGCAUAUUUAUAAUUCAAUAUCAAUUAAAGAUUUGUUAGACCUUAAGGAAGAAAAAACAGAGAUACACUAA